CGCGAAAUAACCUCGACUGUAGGAUCGAGAGACGAAAAGGGCUGAAGGACGCGAGCCUCGGAUCCUGUAUUUUGGAAACUGAGCCGAACAGUCCCACUGGGUCACUAAGCUGUGUAAGCUGUACCUUUGGAUUUUAACGUGGCAGCCUCCUGGAUUCUCAGUUUCCCAGAGUCCCGGGAUGACAGGAAUGGAGGCUGAAGGUGGAAAUCAAGCCAUGGAAGAAAGCAGUGAAAAGAAGGAAGUAGAAAAGAAGAAGCGCUCUAGAGUUAAGCAGGUGCUUGCGGAUAUUGCUAAGCAAGUAGACUUCUGGUUUGGGGAUGCAAAUCUUCACAAGGACAGAUUUCUUCGAGAACAGAUAGAGAAAUCUAGAGAUGGAUAUGUUGACAUUUCCCUUCUGGUGUCUUUUAACAAAAUGAAAAAGUUAACUACUGAUGGAAAGUUAAUAGCCCGAGCACUGAAAAGUUCAUCUGUUGUCGAGUUGGACGUGGAAGGCACCAGAAUCAGGAGGAGGAAGCCUCUCGGUGAGAGACCACAGGAUGAAGAUGAGCGCACUGUGUAUGUGGAAUUACUUCCUAAAAAUGUGAAUCACAGCUGGAUUGAAAGAGUAUUUGGGAAAUGUGGCAAUGUUGUUUAUAUAAGUAUACCACAUUAUAAGUCUACUGGAGAUCCGAAGGGAUUUGCCUUUGUGGAAUUUGAAACAAAAGAACAAGCAGCAAAAGCUAUUGAGUUUCUUAACAACCCACCAGAAGAAGCACCAAGAAAACCCGGCAUAUUCCCCAAGACAGUAAAAAACAAGCCUAUCCCAGUCCUAAGAGUAGCUGAAGAAAAGAAAAAGAAAAAGAAGAAAAAAGGGAGAAUGAAGAAAGAAGACAGUGUCCAAGAAAAGGAGGUAAGUGUGGACACAAGCAGCGUGAGCAGAGGGAAGACGUCCAGGACAUCAGAGGGCUCUGAAACGGAAAGUGCAGAACCCCAAAAGCAGCACAACAAGAAAAAGAAAAAACGGGACAGAGCCGAGGUGUCCAGCUUACCUGAAGGCAGACCCGCCAAGAGGAAGAGGAGCAGCUCUGCAGACACCGAAAGCUUGGCUCCCAAAUCAAAAAUCAAGAAAAUGGCUCAGAAAAACGUUAAAAAAGAGGCUUCUGAAGUUUCCAAAGAAAACAGAGAUGUAGAGUUUUCUACAGAAGAGGAAAAGGACACUGCAGACAUAAAAGAAGCUUCUCUAUUAAAAACCAAAAGGAAGCACAAAAAAAAGCAUAAAGAGAGACAUAAAAUGGGAGAAGAAGUUAUACCCUUGAGAGUCUUAUCCAAGAACGAAUGGAUGGAUUUGAAAAAAGAGUAUUUGGCACUGCAAAAAGCCAGCAUGGCUUCUUUAAAAAAGACAAUAUCUCAAAUAAAAUCAGAAUCAGAAAUGGAAACAGAUAGUGGAGAACCUUGUAAGGCCGCAGUGAAAGAAGGAGCCAAUGGUCCAGAGUGUCGCCCUCAGGAGAAGGUUAACCCGCCAGGACCCCAGUUUAUGAGUGGAGUCAUUGUGAAGAUCACUAGCCCAGAACCUCUACCUGGCCGGAAGCAAGUCCGGGAUAUGCUGGCAGCAAUCUCAGAAGUUGUAUAUGUUGAUCUGCUCGAAGGAGACACAGAAUGUCAUGCUAGAUUUAAAACUCCAGAGGCGGCCCAGGCAGUAAUGAAUGGGCACACGGAGAUUAAAAAGAAGCACGGCUGGAAACUUGAGGUCCUUUCUGGUGAUCACGAACAGAGGUACUGGCAGAAGAUUCUGGUAGACAGACAGGCCAAGCUCAAUCAGCCUCGGGAAAAGAAGAGAGGCACGGAGAAGUUAAUCACCAAAGCGGAAAAGAUUAGACUGGAAAAGACUCAACAAGCAAGUAAACACAUUCGAUUUUCUGAGUAUGACUGAAGAGUAAUGCUCCCCUGUUCCACUGGGUCCUGAGUAUGUCUCUGGCCGUCGCUCUAUUAUAGUAGCAACAUAAUGAAUGUGCAUUGAAUGAAUGAAUAUUUAAAACCUACAUUUCAUGAAAGGAAACACCUUGGCUGCUCACUUGUAAAUAAUACUUUUUUUCUAGAAAUCAGACCAUUGUAUACUACAGUUUUCCAUUAAACAUUUU